UUUUGUCCACUGUGAGUUGCACCCAGUAUUCUUUUCCCCCUUUAUUUGUCACAAAAAUAACAUAUUUUUUAUCAACUACAAACUUUGCGCAUUCGCAUUCACAUUGACAUUUGCGUUCGCAUUAUCGCUUGCACUCUUUUUAAUUCCAGCACAUAAGAAAUGCCACCAAAGAAAAAGGCGGUUGCGACGAGGUCGACAACUCAGACUCGAUUUUCCGCAGCAAGCCCAAUUCCAGUUUCAGGCAGUACCACGAGCUCGUCGAGCUUUUUAGACGACUGGGCGCCUCCGGACGUUGAGCUAGGCAUUUCUUUGUCACAGGUUCUUCAGCGCUCUGCACGGCGACACAAAGGUCCGAUUGAAAGACCACCACCGCUGCCCAAAAAGGCCAAAAGGCAGCCAGCAGUGACAGCCGCCACUCCAGAUACUCUAGAUACUUCAAAUCCGCAUGCACCAAAACUUCAAGAUGAGAUCGUAAUCAAGUACGCUAAUGAUGAAACAAAAGAUAUUGCGGCCAUGUUUACUGAUGACCGCAAUGCCGGUGGCGAUGCCAAGAGUCACGGUGUCGAGUCGGCGGAUGACUCGGAUUCCGUAAAAAUCGAGUAUGAGAGGGGUGCGCCAGCGACGAUUGGAACUUUGCGUGAGUCGACCCCGCACACAAUGGAGUUUAUUGACGAGGAGUGUGCCAGAAACUACCAACGAAUCGUCGAAAACACAAAAGAAAAGCAGCGACUGGGACGGGCUGCGAAAAGGAUGAGCAGAAGGCUGAGUAACACCAGGAUACAGCGGCGGCUAGUAUCUGACACCGAAGACGCAUUAUCUACAGACGAGCUUCCCGAAAAUCCCCUCGAACCGAUUAAAUCUCAGCCAGCAUUGCAACCAUCCGCGUUCCAGGCAAAGAAAAGGCCGCGAGUGGCGCUUCAGAUCAGCGAUUCCGAGGAGGCAACUGACGACAGCGAUGCCCUGGACAAGCGUGCGAUUAUUCAGCAGCGCCUGCGCAGGAAACAAACACCGACCGCAAUGAAUAGCCGCUUUGAGCGGGCGCGAAUCAAUGCACAGUAUGUGUCGUAUGAUACAGACUCCGAGAACGACAUUGGAGGAGCUGCGCAUGAUUCCAUUGAGAGCGCUGAUUCAUUUGCUGACAUUCUGGUCGAUAUUCCCAGGACUGAUACCGAAUCCGACAGCAAGGCGCGCGGCAGCAAAAAGAACGCCGUUCUUGUCAUCAAUGAUAGCAGUGACGACGACUUUGUAUCUGAUCCAGAGGAGCCAGCACAGAAUGCUUUGUCUAGCUCUGCGCGAGAUGCGCAAAAUUCAGACAAUAGGAUGGGGCAGUACCUAUUGGCAUUUGAGCCUCGGCGGCGCGAGCAGAUGCUGCACAAGCUGGAGCUCAAGUCUGGAAAAGGUAGAUCGCCAAAGGCGCUAACCAAGAGGGCAAAGCUAUUCGAUUCAGAUCUUGAUGAUGACAUUGUGGAUUUCAUUGUUGACGAUGAGGAUGCCAACGAGGCAGAGCGGAGCAGCGUUGGUAUCAACCAUAGCGCAGAUAGUCCUGGCGCAUUUUCCCACCGGAACGCUGGUGACGACUACGACGACAACAGAAAUUUUGAAGCGAGUUCGACAUUCGGCCACAGCAAUCCGCGUAGAGUAAUGUCGCUGAUGCCCGAGCAGUUUAACCAGCUCGACCUGCACACGUCGUUCAAGGCGUACGUGCAGUAUCUUGUGUAUUGGAUAUGCAAUGGCAGGCGCAAGCCAGCAAUGAGCGAGAAGAACGCACAUUACUUUUUCCAGGCGUAUAUCACAGUGGUCCGGGUCGUUGACUCGGUCGAGCAAAGUCUGGUCGCCAGCUCUGUCUGGGUUGACGGCUUCCGCAACAACCUUUACGGGUAUCCUGGGUACAAUGCGACGCGCAUCACAGGCACGCCAGGCUGCGAUGCCUGUCAUUUCCACCAAAACCGCAUGGCCACUUUCUGUGUCGCCUUGACUGGAACGCCGUACAAUCGCGGCAUUCUUGCACCGCCUCAGCCGGGCGACACCAGCGUUCUGUCAGUCGACAACAGUUCCUCAGAAGAAGAAAGUAGCCGAUCAAGUAACGAUAGCCUUCCCAACACUGUGAGCUACAACGUGGGCAGAGUGUGCAAGCUGAGGUCGGAGCUUUGCCACGAGCUGCACCAUUUCCUGUACCGCUUGUCGUAUGGAGUCGAGGUGUCUUUGCGCACACUAUCGUACAACCGGCCGGAUGCUUCCAGAAGCAACAAUGCCGAUUUAGAUGAGAUCUGGAACGGCAUAGCUCCAGACGAUCUCGUGGAAAUGCUCGAAAGCCAGGGCCGCAUGGAUGUGCUAUAUGCUGAUUUCAAAUCAAUGGUCUCCAGGUCCAAGUCUGGGUUUGUAUCUUGAGUCGUUUUUGUGCAUGUUUGCUAUCUUUAACAAUAAAAACU